UUUUCCUCCUUCCUCUGUCUCUUGGUCUGGAUCCGGCUCCCAGGAUUUCUGGCGAGCAGCUCGGCGGCGGGGAGAUGCGGCGGCCUGGCUGCUGGGAACUGCGGCGAGCUUCGGACCUCAGGGCGAGCGGGGCGGCGGCCCGGCGGCGGAGAGGUGUGGCGAGCUUCAGAGCUUUGGGUCGGCGGCGCAGCGGCGGCCUUCCCGGAGCAAGCUUCACGCGCGGCGCGGCGGCUCGCACCCAAGGCUCUCGCCGGCAUCGGUGGGAGGGUCCUCCCCCGGGCGCUCGCCUCCGGCGGCGAGCUCCCCGGGUACCGUCAUUGCUUUUUAUUUUUAUUUUUUUAAUUUUUGGAUGCAAAAAGUUUUACAAAUAUUUUUCUCUCUUUUGGUUUUGGAUGCAAAAAUUUUUUCUUCAACUUUUUUCAAUUUUUCUUAAAACUUUCUCUUCCCAAAUUUUUUCUCAUUAAUUUUUUUUCUUUUUCUCGCCGAAAUAUUUUUCUUGAAAAAGUUUCUCACUAAAGUUUUCCCCUUUGCUUCUCUCAAAAAAAAUCCUAAAAAGUUUCUCUAAUUUUUUUAUAAUAAACGACAAAUAGUAUACCAAAAAAAGAAAAAAAAUGGAUGGUCGGAAAAUCGACCGUAAGAACGUCUCCUUACGGUCGCCCGUAAUUUAGAAUUGCCCCUGUAACGCUGCGGUCUAGAGGUGCAGUUUCGCCGUCCCAGCCCCCUAACGGCAAGUGUCCCCACAGAAUGCAAAAAAGCUUGACUUUUCCUACCGAAAAAGGAAACAAAUUUGGCCAGCGCUACAGCAUAGUAGCCCACAGCUCAGGCCGUCUAUAAAAGACGCCCAUCUGCACAGCCAAUCCACUGGUAGAUCGAGGACCAUCCUAGCUACCCUGCACUGCAAAUUUCAGAACCCGUCAGUCACAGAUCGGUGCAGCCAGGGCAGCCCCCCGCCGCCAAGCUUGAAUCAGCAAUUCCUCAGUCAAUUUGAGAGGCAGUUGCUAUCACUUUUCAGCAGCAAUCAAUCCGAUUCCAAAUCUUGCUGAGGGAGGCGUCGCCGCGCCGGCCGAGCAUAGAUCGAUGGACGACUUCGGCGGUUGGGGUAUGCAGUACGCGGCGGAGCCGUGCCUGCCAUUCCGCUCGAGCGACGACGGCCUCCUCGGUGAAUUUCUAGGCGGCGGCUUCGACCUCCGUCCUGAUCAUGGCGGUCUCGAUCUGCCAUCGUCGUGCCCGGUCCAGAACCUCAUGCAGUGCCACGAUGGAGGGAGUCUGUCCGACGGCGUGCCAGAAGGCUUCAUGGGCCUGGACACGGCGGCGGACGUGCUCCCGAGCGUCGCCGGCGCGGGGGAAGACAGCCUCCUUGACCCGUUCGUGUACGUCGUCCCGGACGACGUAGCCGUCGCCGAGGAGCCCGCGCAGACGCCAACGCCGGCGUCGAACACCGCCUUCUCCGGAUACAGCGGCAGCACCACGGGCGGCGGCGGCAACGGGAACAUCUCCUCCGGCGAAUCCAACACGUGCGGCGGCGACGGCGGCUACGACACGGACGUGGCGUCGCCGUGCGCCGUGUCGCGGUCAGCGCUGCUUCAGACUACGGCCGGCGUGCCUCCCUCGAAGCGCAAGCUGGCGGGCAAGUACCCUGCGAUAGCCGCGUCGGGAACAAAGGCAGCAGCCGGGCGUCGCGGCGAGAAGCGAACCGCCGCGACGUCGUCGUCGUCGACGACCAGCAUCGCGUUCGCAUCCGGGCGGGGCCAGCACGAGCAUGCCGCGAGAGGGUCCGCCGGCGGCGGCGGGUACGAGCCGGACUCGGAGGCGAUAGCGCAGGGGAAGGAGAUGAUCUACCGCGCGGCGGCGAUGCGGCCGGUGCACCAGCUCGUGUGCGGGGCCGCCGAGCCGCCGUCCCAGACCAGGCCGCGGCGCAGGAACUUGCGCAUCUCGAGCGACCCGCAGACGGUGGCGGCGCGGCUGCGGCGGGAGAGGGUGAGCGAGCGCCUGCGCGUGCUGCAGCGGCUCGUGCCGGGCGGCAGCCGGAUGGACACGGCGUCCAUGCUCGACGAGGCGGCCAGCUACCUCAAGUUCCUCAAGUCGCAGCUCAGGGCGCUGGAGAGGGCAAACCCUAGCAACGGCAGCUUGCUGCGGCAGAGCUACACGGGCGGCCUCGGUGGUGGUGGUACCAACGCUGGGACCGUACUUGCCUUUGGAAGAGAUAGCGCCAUUGGUGGCUACGUGAAAUCCAACAAGGACAUAGCGUAGCAUGUAAUGAUCGAUGUGUGAGUGAUAUAUGAGACAACUACUGUAGAGAUUCCGAGUCUAAUAAAGUGUUUAUUUCUGAAGAGAA